AUCAAAUCUGUUCAGUGGUUACUGAAUCAUUUUAGAUCGAUUGUAAUUUAACACAUGAAUUUAUGACAUCUUGCAAGCCUUUUACAUACGAAUAUUGCAUUCAGCCUCCCUUAAAAAGAAAUCAAUGUCACCUCUCGCUGCUGUCAGGCUAUUCCUGACAACGAGAUGACUUCAUACAUCUAGAUAUAUUUGUACUGUAUCUGAAGCCAAUAGGGUUCGGGAAAAAAUAUCAAGCAACAGAUAAUCCGAACGAUCAAGAGUUUGAUCAAAGGUUACAAUACAAAAUCCCAGCAGCACGCGCCAACAUUGACACUGGACCUCGUCCAUUAAGGUUAUCAGCAGAAUAACCUGUCAUGCUGCAGAAAGUGUGCACACGCAACACAAAGUUGUCUGUGAAGAAUGGUCAGGUGUGUGGAGCCGGGGGCCCUCCAGAGUAUCCAUUACACUGCCCACAAUGUGGAGAGCAUGAACGUUUUCAGACUGUAGCCACUCUCAGAGCUCACCUUGAGUACAGCCACCCAUACCACACUAACCAUGACAUCAGCCUCCUGUACAAAAGAGAUCACUGUAAUAUGGACCACAUGGAAGGCUCCAGUUCUGACAUACAUAAAGUAUGUUAUGCUGGCACAAAUACUAGCUCAAACUCAAAUGGGAGUGGAGAGCACAAGCUCAUGUUCAACGCCGACCCGAUUCCAGAAUUGUGCCUUGAGCCAAAGCUGACAUCCCCGGAGAGGAGCAUCAGUGGUGGAGCAGCAUCAACUGGUGUGGGGUCCCUUUCGGCUCCAGUGGUGUCCGUGAAAAAGAGACUAGAUGGGAUGAUGAGGACAGCCAAUCACAGUAUGGAACAAUGUCUUCAGCGGCUCAGCUCAGAGUUGGCUCAGACUGACACGGCCAUACUGUGUGAGCGCGCUCACUCGCAUCACCUGGCCCAGGAAAAAAAGGAAGUGCUGAAGCGAGAACGGGCGCUCAGCAGACAGGUAGACACCGCAGUCAUGGUGAUCGCCACACUGAGGCAACAGCUCAGCAUCUCGGAACAUGAACUGGAGAGGAGGGAACAGGAAGUCAUUACCAUUCAGAAAUUUCUGGAAGCAGCAGCUCAGCAUGAGUUAUGUGGGAAGGUGCGUUUGCGACGGUUCAUUGAGGGCCUCCUGCGGCGGAUUUCACUGGCCGAGAGACUACUGGAAUAUUAUCAGAGCGUCCCACACAGGCAUUGUUGCACAGCUCACCCUGUGCCCAUCUCACCUGAGCUUGGUCCGCAGAGAAUAACCCAAAGCAGGUCUUCAGGAGAGUAUUUUGAGCAAGAUGAGAAGCAGCAGCUACAUGGUCAGUCUGGAUGGGGACUAUCCAAAGCAACUGGGAGCAGACUGGGUUAUGAGAGCUGGCACCAGUGGAGGAGGUCAGAUGGGUAUGAGGUUUAG